AUGAGAGCAUUAAUCUAUAUCCUACUGUCGUUUAUUAGCGGCUAUUGUCUUGCUGAUGAUACCGAUGAUCAAACUUCCGAGAUUCACCCUAAAUGCUUCAAGAACUCUUAUCAAAUUAGCACCAGCGGUGAUCUACUUGAGAUUAGCGAUUGUCAAACGAUUUCGGAAAGUAUCUAUAUUCAUGGCUAUGAUGCAGAACUUUUGGAUCUGGGUUCAAUUUCCCAGAUUAAAGGAGAUCUCAAAAUCAGUAACGCUAGCCAGAUUCUUAGAAUCGAGGCGCUUGGAUUGGAAUCCAUCGAUGGUUCGUUUGAGUUGAACACCCUAACAUCUCUUACAAGUGCUUCUUUUCCAAAAUUAGAAUCAGUCAAUAUACUUGACUGGAGAGUCUUACCAAUUUUAAGUUCUGUCAACUUAGAUAAAGGUAUUAAGAGAAUCAGCUCGGUCAUUCUGUCAGACACCUCCUUAACAGGAUUUGGUGGCUUUAACGUGGAGAACUUAAAGACGUUGAGGAUCGAUAACAACAGGUUUCUUGAGAUGAUUGAAUCAUCUGUAAAGGAAAUUUCUGGUGAUCUACUUAUUGCUGCUAACGCAAGAAACUUGAAGGUCAAACUUCCAGAGUUGAAGUGGGUCAAAAGUGCUCUGAUCAAGAACACGGACGAGUUAGAUUUGAGUGCUUUACAAGUGAUUCAAUCAUCUGCCGAAUUUAUUGAAAAUCGUUUCAAGGAGUUGAGUCUACCCAAAUUAAAGUCUGCAGGUACAACAUUAAGUAUUAUCGAUAACAAUUGGUUGGAAAAUGCAGAUUUCUCGUCGUUAGUGGAGAUUGGAGGAGGAUUGAUGAUCAUCAAUAACGAUAAAUUGACACAAAUCAACUUUUUCCCAAUGCUAAAGUCCGUCGGAGGUGCCUUGGAGUUUGAAGGAGAUAUUGACAGCAACGAGUUCAGACAACUUAAGGUUGUUAAGGGCAGUGCAAUUCUGAAGUCAUCUUCUAACAAGUUCAACUGCCAGAGCUGGGUAGACCAAGAAGUUAGUACAGUUGUUAGAGGAGGUAAGAUUGAAUGUGGAUCCGGAAAUUCUGAGUUUACUGAGGUCAUACAUGUCGACGAAAGUGGAGAAAGAACUUCCAGGACUACAGGCAGAAACAAUGCUAAAACUACCAAGGGUAUCAAUGAGGCUAAUGGCUCGACUGGACCAUUAGGAGUCUCAAUGAUCUUGGCAUUUGCAGGAAUUUUGGCACAUUUGUCACGUGAACUCAUAUAA